AGAACGACACAAUCAAUGGCAAGCAUUGCUUCUUUGACUGACAAUCUACAAAGGUAUGUCCUGGAUUUAAUUUGUUUUGAUGUGAAGCAAGACAUCAUGAAGUUAGCCAUUUGUCUCCUGGUAGUUUUGCCUUUGGUUUUGAGCGUUCCUCCCAACUUUGACGAGAAACGAUUUCUCAACAUUCAUUUGCCAUCAGUUCAUGAACUUGGGCAGAAGAUUGUCACUUUGCUCGGAUCAGACACCUCAGAAGCUGCAUGUGAAAAGGCCUGCCCAGCUGCACUGAAUGCUUUAGUCCCAGGAGCCGGCCUGCUCGGAGGAAGCCUGUGCGAUCCAGCUUGUCAUUGGGUACAGAAUCAUAUUAAUGGUUAAACAUGAUGUAUAAAAGUUGAAUUAAAAAAAGAGUUUGAUUUAAAUUAA